CGUGUUUCUUGGUUAUGUUUACUUACAUAGAAUCAUUGAUAUAAUAAAAAACUAUUUUCUAUUAGGAUAAUUAAAAGAAAACAAAUAUUUUAUAUCAUCAAGUCAAAUCGAGGAUCGUUAAGGAUAAUCAAAUACAUUAUAUGUAUACAAACUAUAUCAAAAUGAAUGCUAAUAUAUGUUACUAAAAAUAUUAUGUUUUAAAUCAGGGGAUUAUAAUUUAUUCAAAAUAUUCUAUAAAUACUUCAAAUGCACAUAACAUAAAAUAAUAAUAUCUUAAAAAAACAAGAGCAUGGAAGAAAAUAUGGAAUACAGUGAUAAUGAAUUAGAAGACAGUAAUGAUGAAUCUGAAAUAGUAGUUAUUGAAGAAAAUGUAUCACCAUCCAACAACGAAGAAAGUAAUUCGAACACUGACACUAUUUUCGAAAAUAUAAGUAGUAAACCAGUUAUAAAAUGUGAAACAGCCUCUGUGACAGAAAAAUCUCAGGAUCACAAUAAUGAUAGUAUAAUAGAAGAUUCCGAUCAAGUAUGUUCAAUUUGUUUGGAAUCAUGGACAACAACUGGAGAUCAUCGCUUGUGCUGCUUACGUUGUGGACAUUUGUUUGGACGCAGUUGUGUUUUAAAAUGGUUACAAGUUUCUUGUACAUCUUCUACCAGAAGAUGUCCACAAUGUAACAUAAAAGCUCAUUUAAAGGACAUUAGGAAUUUAUAUGCUAAAAAAUUGGUUUCUAUCGAUAACUAUGAACUUGAAUUAGUGAAAAAUCAAUUGUCAAUUGUAAUGGCUGAAAAAAAUCGCCUUGAAUCAGAAUUAUCGACUAGCAAUAUGCGAACAAAGUUAUACGAAGAACAACUGACUAAUAUGAAAACUUAUAUAGCUGAUCUACAAAGUCAAUUAAAUACAGUUAAGGGGGAUUUGAAUCACUGUAUGAAAAACGAAUUAACAAGCACUAAGUUUCAUCUUGAACAUUCUUUAGAGAUUUGUAAAGAGGAUGGUUGUCGUGUGUUAGAUUAUAAUCCUUGGUAUGGAUUAUUGGUCGUUUCGCAAAAAUCAGAAAAUCCCAUAUUUGCAGGAUAUGGUGUCAAAAAAAUAGAUGUGGAAACCUUUGUAUCACGACAAUUUCUUUUUCUUCAUUCUCAAGCUAUAAGAGACAUUAAUUUUCACCCUUCACAACAGAAUAUACUUCUAAGCGUUGGCUUUGAUAAAACUGCUAAAUUAAUUGAUAUUCGUAACAAUGUUAUAAUGCAUUCCUAUAAAACAGAUUUUACAUUAUGGAGUAGCUGUUGGUCAAGCGAUGAUGCUAAUGUUUUUUUUGCUGGUGCUCAAAACGGAUCAAUAAUACAAUUUGAUAUUAGAAAUACUUUGGGUCCUGUUGAUAAUUUACCGAGUCCUUGUGACAGAUCGCCUGUUGUUUCUUUAGCAUCAGUACCAGCGUAUGCAGGAAAUGGAAUCACUAAAGGUGGAUUUAUAGCAUGUCAUUUAAACAGUUGUAACGCAUACGAACUUAUAGAAUCCACAUAUGUAUACAAAGAAAUGAAUUUGCAAGGUCCUUUUUUUUCCGCACGUUAUGAUAAAAAAGAUAAUCAUGCUCUAAUAUCUUGUCGACCUAACGAACAAACACCUCAGGCAAGGCAUAUUGUAUGUUCUAUUGAAAAUGGAAAUGAUAAUAUGGUCUUAUGUAAUGUUAUACAUACGUUUAAUGCUGGACAUUCUCAACGCCUUUUGUCACGACCUUGUCAAGUAUCUGUUGAAAACGACACACUAAUUGCAGCCCAUCAAGAAUCUACUAAAAGCAUUCCAUUCUGGAGUAUGACAACUGGCAAUCAAGUGCAUAAUCUUCAAGUAUCUGAUUCAAUCAUAGAUAUGUGUUCUUUCAAAUUUAACGAUAAUGUAUAUUUAGCAACUCUUUCCGCAAGAAAACUUAGAAUGUACAAACAUAACUCCUUGUGACAAUGAUACUUUCCUAUCUAUUUUACUGCUUAAUCAAUUAACUUAUAUUUGAUCUAUUAAGAACAUAAUUUAAAAAUAUUACAUGUAAAUAUUUCCUUUGAAUGUAAUAAUAACUUAUGAUUCUACUGAGAAACUAUAAAUAUAUAUAUAUUUUGAUA